CGCUCCCGGCUUUCGUAACCGCACCCUGGGACGGCCCAGAGACGCUCCAGCGCAAGUUCCUCAAAUGUUUUCCUGCGUUGCCAGGACCGUCCGCCGCUCUGAGUCAUGUGCGAGUGGGAAGUCGCACUGACACUGAGCCGGGCCAGAGGGAGAGGAGCCGAGCGCGGCGCGGGGCCGAGGGACUCGCGGUGUGUGUAGAGAGCCGGGCUCCUGCGGAUGGAGGCUGCCCCCGGGGCCUGAGCCCGCCUGCCCGCCCACCGCCCCGCCCCGCCCCUGCCGCCCCGUUCCCAUUAGCCUGUCCGCCUCUGCGGGACCAUGGAGCGGUAGCCGAGGAGGAAGCAUGCUGGCCGUCGGCUGCGCGCUGCUGGCUGCCCUGCUCGCCGCGCCGGGAGAGGCGCUGGCCCCAGGGCGCUGCCCUGCGCAGGAGGUGGCGAGAGGUGUGCUGACCAGUCUGCCAGGAGACAGCGUGACUCUGACCUGUCCAGGGGUAGAGCCGGAAGACAAUGCCACUGUUCACUGGAUGCUCAGGAAGCCGGCUGCAGGCUCCCAUUCUAGCAGAUGGGCUGGCAUGGGAAGGAGGCUGCUGCUGAGGUCGGUGCAGCUCCAUGACUCUGGAAACUAUUCAUGCUACCAGGCCGGCCGCCCAGCUGGGACUGUGCACUUGCUGGUGGAUGUUCCCCCCGAGGAGCCCCAGCUCUCCUGCUUCCGGAAGAGUCCCCUCAGCAACGUUGUUUGUGAGUGGGGUCCUCGGAGCACCCCAUCCCUGACGACCAAGGCUGUGCUGUUGGUGAGGAAGUUUCAGAACAGUCCGGCCGAAGACUUCCAGGAGCCGUGCCAGUAUUCCUGGGAGUCCCAGAAGUUCUCCUGCCAGUUGGCAGUCCCGGAGGGAGACAGCUCUUUCUACAUAGUGUCCAUGUGCGUUGCCAGUAGUGUCGGGAGCAAGUUCAGCAAAACUCAAACCUUUCAGGGUUGUGGAAUCUUGCAGCCUGAUCCGCCUGCCAACAUCACAGUCACUGCCGUGGCCAGAAACCCCCGCUGGCUCAGUGUCACCUGGCAAGACCCCCACUCCUGGAACUCAUCUUUCUACAGACUACGGUUUGAGCUCAGAUAUCGGGCUGAACGGUCAAAGACAUUCACAACAUGGAUGGUCAAGGACCUCCAGCAUCACUGUGUCAUCCACGACGCCUGGAGCGGCCUGAGGCACGUGGUGCAGCUUCGUGCCCAGGAGGAGUUCGGGCAAGGCGAGUGGAGCGAGUGGAGCCCGGAGGCCAUGGGCACACCUUGGACAGGCUUCUCUCCACAGACCAUCCCGGGUGGCAUUUGGGACCCAGCUGGAGAGAUGAGGUCUCGCUAUGUUACCCAGGCUGGUCUCAAACUCCUGGCCUCAUGGGAUUCUCCAGCCUCAGUCUCCCAAAGUGCUGGGAUUACAGAAUCCAGGAGUCCUCCAGCUGAGAACGAGGUGUCCACCCCCAUGCAGGCACUUACUACUAAUAAAGACGAUGAUAAUAUUCUCUUCAGAGAUUCUGCAAAUGCGACAAGCCUCCCAGUGCAAGAUUCUUCUUCGGUACCACUGCCCACAUUCCUGGUUGCUGGAGGGAGCCUGGCCUUCGGAACGCUCCUCUGCGUUGCCAUUGUUCUGAGGUUCAAGAAGACGUGGAAGCUGCGGGCUCUGAAGGAAGGCAAGACAAGCAUACACCCGCCGUACUCUUUGGGGCAGCUGGUCCCGGAGAGGCCUCGACCCACCCCAGUGCUUGUUCCUCUCAUCUCCCCACCGGUGUCCCCCAGCAGCCUGGGGUCUGACAAUACCUCGAGCCACAACCGACCAGAUGCCAGGGACCCACGGAGCCCUUAUGACAUCAGCAAUACAGACUACUUCUUCCCCAGAUAGUUGGCUGGGUGGCACCAGCAGCCUGGACCCUGUGGAUGACAGAACACAAACGGGGUCAGCAAAAGAUGCUUCUCACUGCCAUGCCAGCUUAUCUCAGGGGUGUGCGGCCUUUGGCUUCACGGAAGAGCCUUGCGGAAGGUUCUACGCCAGGGGAAAAUCAGCCUGCUCCAGCUGUUCAGCUGGUUGAGGUUUCAAACCUCCCUUUCCAAAUGCCCAGCUUAAAGGGGUUAGAGUGAACUUGGGCCACUGUGAAGAGAACCGUAUCAAGACUCUUUGGACACUCACACAGACACUCAAAAGCUGGGCAGGUUGGUGGGGGCCUCGGUGUGGAGAAGUGGCUGGCAGCCCACCCCCCAACACCUCUGCACAAGCUGCACCCUCAGGCAGGUGGGAUGGAUUUCCAGCCAAAGCCUCCUCCAGCCGCCAUGCUCCUGGCCCACUGCAUCGUUUCAUCUUCCAGCUCAAACUCUUAAAACCCAAGUGCCUUCGCAAAUUGUGUUUUUCUAGGCCUGGGGACGGCUUUUACUUAAACCGCCAAGGCUGGGGGAAGAAGCUCUCUCCUCCCUUUCUUCCCCACAGUUGAAAAACAGCUGAGGGUGAGUAGGUGAAUAAUACAGUAUCUCAGGGCCUGGUCGUUUUCAACAGAAUUAUAAUUAGUUCCUCAUUAGCAUUUUGCUAAAUGUGAAUGAUGAUCCUAGGCAUUUGCUGAAUACAGAGGCAACUGCAUUGGCUUUGGGUUGCAGGACCUCAGGUGAGAAGGAGAGGAGAGGGGCACAUAGUCUCUACCAUCCCCUGUAGAGUGGGAGCUGAGCGGGGGAUCACAGCCUCUGAAAACCAAUGUUCUCUUUUCUCCACCUCCCACAAAGGCGAGCUAGCAGCAGGGAGGGCUUCUGCCAUUGCUGAGAUCAAAACUGUUUUACUGCAGCUUUGUUUGUUGUCAGCCGAACCUGGGUAACUAGGGAAGAUAAUAUUAA